CAAAGUCAAGUCAGUCCGAUAGAGUACACAUUGGUUGCGAUACCAAAUCUACACUCUCAUUGUUAGCUUCCAGUCGUUCACCUUUCUUUUGUUCUCAUCGCUAGAUCGCGUUCUUCCGAAGCAGAAUACAUUGGUAAAGUCUAAAGAUGCGAUCGCUAACUUUGCUGUGUGUAACGGCGCUAUGUGCAGCGUGCAUCGUCGCGUUACCGAGUCGUCCGAAAAAGGGCACCGGAGCAGAUCGCGUGCACGAUUCGCAGCCAUCUGAUGAGGCGCACCACGCUGGAUCAGAGCACAACUCAAACUAUGAUCAUGACGCUUUCCUGGGCAGCGAGGAGGCGAAGAAAUUCCAGGCGUUGACUCCAGAACAAUCUAGAGAGCGGCUGAGAAAACUGGUGCCCCGUGUUGAUGUUGACAAGGACGGAUAUGUCACUGAGGAUGAGCUGAAAAACUGGGUUCGCUUCACUCAACACCGCUACAUCAUGGAGGACGUGGGUCGCCAGUGGACCACUCACGACAUUGAUCAGGACGGCAUGCUCACCUGGCCAGAGUACAGAAACACCACAUACGGACCGCUCACAGAACAACAAAUGGAGCAGCCAGAGAACGCACAGUACAAGAAGCUCUUCCAUCGUGACCAGAACAGAUGGAGAAAGGCGGACUCUAACAACGAUCAGUCCCUCACGAAAGAGGAGUACGCUUCCUUCCUUCAUCCUGAGGAGUACGAACACAUGAAGGUCCUAGUUGUGGAUGAAACUCUUGAGGACAUUGACAAGGACAAGGAUGGUUCCAUUUCACUUCAGGAGUACAUUGAUGACAUGUACCCGCCCAGCGAGCACAAGGACAGUGCAACUGAACCUGACUGGGUCAAGUCAGAACGUGAGCAGUUCGGAACUUAUCGCGACAAGAACAAGGAUGGCAAGAUGGACCGUGAGGAGGUCAAGGACUGGAUCAUCCCCCCAGACUACGAUCAUGCCGAAGCCGAGGCCAAGCAUCUCAUCUAUGAGUCUGACACCGGCGAGAAGGACGGCAAGCUGACUGCUGAUGAGAUUGUCGACAAGUACGACUUGUUCGCUGGAAGCCAGGCCACCGACUAUGGCGAGGCUUUGAACCGUCACGAGGAGUUCUAAACACUGGUCAUGUCCUUUCACAGCGAUAUUCAAAAACAAAUUUCUACUCUCUUUAGAAAAAUUUUAAAUGCGAUCUUGCAAAUCCUGAAGACGCUAUCAGCUAUAAUUUAUGGCCUAGCUCAGCUUGUCUGUUCGAUGUGUGCUCCUGUAAACAUGUGCCACUGUUUAUCUCUGCUGCAAUGCUGUAUAUCAUAUUUGUCAGUUUGCUCAAAUGUCUCUACUCUUAGACCAGCUGCUGGUCAGCCUCUGCCCCUGCCUUGAGUAACAUUAUAUUCUUGAGUUUCUUCUGACCCACGGCCCCUCACUCUCCACCCUACAUUCUCCCAUUAACCCCUUGCAAAGAAAGACCAAAAUAACUAUGCUCUGCCGCCUAGCACACUCACUUUUCACAUGCGCUAUAAAAUUGUCGGGACCUACCGCUUUUGCCACCUAUAAGCUGCUUUUAGCUGCCACUAGAGUAUACCAAUUGUUCUUUAAUUGCUCUAUCCGUAGAAUGGGAUUGCGAAUCAGUCCCAAUCAAUCUUCUGCUGCUAUUCCUUGCACUAGUAUCCUAAUUUAAGAAUUACUUAAAAACAAUGAGA